AUGGGCACCACGAGGACGAUAAUUCCACGUUGGACUUACUCGCACGGGGGUUUUGUUUCGUUGGAGGAACGUGUCAGUGACGCCUCCGUACGAGUUUUAAAUUUGCACCAGAGCCUUCUGCAAACUACUUCUGCUGAUGUCAUCUCAGAAUAUUUGAGUAAAAUAUCAAGCACAUUUCUUGUCACUGAUAAGCAAAUCUCGUCCUUUGAAAAGUCCUCAGAGAUUGUGGUACUUGACUAUUUCGCCCGCAAAGAGGCUGGGGAAAAGCAAAGUGUUGGAGUUGGUACUGGUCAGCAUUUCGGUAAGCCAUUGGCAACGCAACUUCAUGAGUUCAUGGCGUGUGAACAAAGCAAAGAAGAUAUCUAUCUCCAUGACUUUCCCGUGAUUUGCGCUCAGAAAAUGACCCGACAGGGCUGCCAUGUGUCAAAGUCAACAAGAAGCACACGGCACUGCACAUGCUACAAGGUUUCACGGCCUCCAAAGAUGCAAAAAAGCUACACCUUUUUUAUCUUUUUCCUAAUUAAUAUUUUACACACCACUCCUCUUCUUUUCUGCAACGAUAGUUGCACUUUGCUAAAAACAAACUUACUACUCAACAAGAAUGGUUCAUUUCAAGGAAGCCGAUUGUUCCUUCAUUAG